AUGCAGUCAGUGGAAUCUUCAGUAUGCACGACAUCAUUCGACUGUGAUGAUCUUGUUCUAAAACAUGGUUCGAUCCGCCCUGCUGACUUAUUCGAUCAAAGCACCAAGCUACCCCACUUCAUUUUCACUCCAACUGGUUCCAUUAUCUGUGCUUACUCUUCUAAUCGUCUUCACUGUCAGUUUGCUAAUGGUAAACAGUUUUCAUGGACCCCAUCCAAUGCUGACGUCUUAUUUUCCUCAUUGGAAAACUGGCCAAACGAUGCUCCUCGGUCCUGGAUCAUCGCUGAAGCCGCUUUUCUGCCCUCUACUUCAAUUAUGGCUGCUCUUUUUGUGCCUUCUCAUGACGCCAGGCCAAAACGGUCGCUUGUGUGCCUUUUGAACCUCAGUGAUGGAAAAUCAGUCAAGUUUACUCGUUUUAUCUCUCUUCGUGGAAGGGCUGAAGCUAUUCACGCGGUAGCCGUGAAUCAUAAAUCAAUUCCUCCUUUCGAUGGCAUGGUAGCUGUUGCUUUUGAGCGUGGUCUUUUAACUUUACUGGAUCUUUGUCUAGAUUGGAAGCCAGAUAGGCCGCGUGUGGAACCUAGCGUCUGUGUCUCAAUUAAACAGUGUCUUGAGGCAUUUUUGAAGGAAGAAUUAAUAUCCCCCUUUUCUCAGUCGUUUGAGCAUUCUCUAGUCAAUCUCAAUGAAUCACGAAUCUCUUUAAACAGUUUCUACUACCAGACACCUCGUGGCGAAACCAUUGCCAAGCUUCCAUCCACUUCCGUGGGAGUCACCCUUUUGCAUUACGUCCAACAAAUCAAAAGCCUUAUCGUCGGUUUCAGCUUCGGUGGAUGGCAGAUGUGGAGUCUGACAAAACUUCAGCUUAUCUACACUUACCGCGAGUUAUCCUCUACACCCGUUGCUACAGUGAGCUGUGCCUUCUCCGAGCCCUCUGACGACCCUCGCUAUUGCUGCUUCCUCUGGAUUGGCUGGCAGGGCUUAAAGAGGUCACCCUCCACCGAGCCCUCCCCUUCUUCUUGCAGUGCGAUCAACCCAAAAGUUGUCCUGUUUCAACUGGGCUUUCGAAAACGCAUCGAACACACUCAACCAAAUACCGAGGAUACUCUGUACGAAUAUGAGGAUUUCUACGGCGCCUCCAAACGCCUCUCAGCCUCCCUGACCCCUAUAACAGCCUCCACGGACCACGAGGCAUCCCAUUGGUCAGCAAAUGGAGCCCUCCUCACCUCUAUCCAGUCACUGGGCACCAACUACUCCAACAAUUAUGGCCUUAGGUCAAACCGCCUCACGGCUCUAGUGUGGCGUGCUGCUCCUCAUAUUGUACGAAUUGGGUUAUUUGAUUUGGACCGGUGGUACCAUGCUCAGAUGCCCUCUUCCAUCAGAUCAGACAACUCUUUCUUUGCGGUCUACGACGCGAGUUUGAACUCCCCUCGAGCCCAUCCACUGACCGCUCAUAUCCUGCCUCACACCAUAUUCGCCUUCUGGGCGGUCGUCUCUCGUCGCGAGCUUUACGCUUUAAGGCUCUGCGGUGAUCUCACUGCCACCAAGAAUUCCACCCUCCGCCGCUGCCAAGGUCUUCGCAAUCCCCUUCCUGAAUCCCAUCUGCAUCUUGUUGUGGCCUGUGCGUCGCUGAAGUUCGUUUCUCGUCAGGAGUUAGUACUUCGAGAAAUCUCUGCUGCCAUUGACUCACCCUCUUCCUCCGUCUCUUUUAAUCCAACCGACUGGAUCACAGAGGCCGUGGCUUGCGGUUUGAUCCAAGAAUUGGAUGACUCUGAAUUUGCCAUACCUCGGACUCUAAAGGAAGCCGAAGAUGGUGAGUGGAUCACGCGUCAAGCGAUUGGACUCGAAACCCCACCUCCAGGUCUCCUGGAACAGCUGGAGAUGAUGGAUGCGGAGGAAGAGAAGGAAGGUGUAGACUACUUUGAAGGUGCCAUCGUUCCACUAUCUCCGCGCGGAGAUAGGAAUCGUAGAAUGCUAGCUGAUAACAGUGUUAGUGGGAGGUCUUCCAAGAGACCUCGUAAAGAUCAACAAAGACGCGCAUCGAAGUACCUCUCCCCUACAUGGGUCAUCAUAGCCAACUGUCUCUUUGAGCAUGGAAUGUUCAAAGAGGUAAAAGCGCUGGAAGGUUUGAUCGUCGCUUCUGCUGCCGCAGUAGUGAAUGGGGAUUUCAAUGCACGUGCUUUUAUGCGUCGGUGGCUGUGGCUUCGAUGGUUGGGCAGGAAGAGCUGUCUGGAAGACCUCCUUACCCCUGUCUUUGGUAAUGAUGAGGAUGGUUCAUCAGUCAGCGUGGAAGGGCUCAAAGACCUGAGCCUGUGUAUUAACUCCCUUCGAGCUUUGGCUGAUAUUGCUGAGGUGGUGAUGCCUGUGACUGAUUGUGAUGGUCAUGGCGGUGAGGCGGUCUCAGCUGAGGCGAAAUUCAAGGUCAUUCGAAUGCUCGCGGAGUACACCCACCCGGUGUGUCUACUUCUGCGAUGCGGUCUACUGCCCCAGGCCUCUAACCAUGCUUAUCGGUUGAGGGCAUCGAGUGAAGCUCUCUUGUCGCCCUACAACCCCACUGAACUCAGUGAUUUCCUCGCCAAACUGCAAUCGGCGCACGGGUCGCCGCCCAACCCUCCAGCUCCACCGUUCAUUACUGGUUGUAUCAUGGAUCACCUCCGCAACCUAUUGUCUACGGCCGAAUCGGCCAAAGAGGUAUUGGCGGCCGUUGAGUCGGAGGUGACCACCACCUACCCGCCGCGCCAACUCCAGUCGAUGUGCGCCUUGUGGCAGUGCCUCGGAUCGAGACCGCAACCGCCACUCAUCCACUUAGCGCUCUUCACCUUCCUCCUCUUUGACACCGUCGCUGUCAACGCCCUCCAUGGAGGCAAGGUGAACGAGGAUAAGGAGAGAAGCGAUGACACCACAGAAGGUCAGGACACACACGUUGUCAGACGAGUACGUCUUGCCACGGAGACAGUCAAAGAGACAGGUACCUCCUGUUUGGGACCGGUGGCUCGAGCUGUCAGGCUGCAAGAAUAUAUCGUGAACCAGAUUGUCAUUGAGUUUCCUGGCUUCGAAAAUUAUGUCUCCACAGUCCGAACGCUCUGGCUAAUUGACCGUUUUCGCUUUUCCGAUGCCCUCUGUUCCCGUCUAAGUCCUGUGGCCACGGGCCAAGUGACUUCAUUGAGUCAACUACCCGAGAUUUUUCCCGAUCAGGCUAAGGUAGUGGCGGAAUACUGUUCCCGUUGUGGCGCGACCAAGUUGGCCGAUCUUUUUGCACCAUCUUACGACUCCUUGUCGUCAUCGCCCCUAUCUCUGCUGCAUGUUGGCAACAUCGGGUCAUGCGGGAGUGUCCUGCCCGCCCUCUACCAAGCUCGACGGCUCUACUUCCAAAAGAAUGAUCAUGAAUCUGCAGCCAAAGUGCUUCUGGAGGUGGCCGACGCUUUUAGAAAGCACGGUCGAUUCCUGGAUUUCAUCAACCUCGGUUUGACAGCAUGGGAGGCAGACGUCGUCUUCUCUGACAUGCGUCGUAGAGGCGAAAAUCGUCUCCUCUACGCCUGUCUUGUUGCUCGAGCACAGUACAAGGUGAUUUGUCCCUUCCGUGAAUCCAUUUUCUUCCCCAUUUUGCCUCCUUAUUGUGGCACGCGUCUCUUUAUCCAGGAGGCACAAGACCUUCUCGCCGAGGUUGACGCAGACGUCGUCUCACAAAUGUCACAACACAGCACACAAAAACUUUCUAAAACUCCAGUCGUCCGUGCCUUGUCGUCCACUAUAUCUUACUGUCUGCCAAACCUUCAAUAUCACUUCCCCUUUUCUACCCUUGUCAACCCUAAUCACUUCGAUGAUCCAGUCACCUCUUGCACUGAUGCUAAUUCCACCGAAGAAAACUCGAAUAACCAAGUCCACGUUGAAUGUGUGGAGGUAGAUUCCGCUCAUGUUUCUCCUACAUCGUCGACCAGACGUUUUCCCAGGCAGUUCGUAACCCCUAAGGGUCGUUGUCUCUCCAUUCAACCUUCCACUGUCGACAGGAAUCGGGCGUCCGAAUUUUGGAACUACUAUGAUAUGACUCAGCGUGUGCUUCGGGGCGAAAGUCCCUUUGAGACGAGGUCCCCAGUAAGGCCGAGGAUUACCGACAGUGCUCGGAAGCUGAGUCAAAAAUUGCACCAAAUACUUUAUUGCGCCUCAGUUGUGAGUCCAUUGCCGAUAACACGCAAGCAGACGCCUCCGGUUUCCAAAAACCUCCUUAGAACCAGUUCAGAUACCUCAGGGAAUGCUUCUCUUCGUCCGAGGUUAGAUUUUUGGACUGAGUUAGGGAAAAUGCACGAGGCAGAGUUGAACAGACGCACAAGUGUCUCUACUACUGCUGCUCCUGCUGCAUCGAUUUUGAAGGUCCGCUCCACACCACUGCCAGAAGGUGCAAAGACACCACCGUCCAUCAACAAAGCAGAUGAGUUAGAUGGCUCAUUUCAGGAUUGUCGAGAGGGCACGCCUUCCCUCGAAGUCGACGAAGACGAUGCAGAGGUCACGAUUAAUCCACACACCCUCCAAUUAGAUCACAAGGUCUCGCUAGCCAGAACCACUUCUGACGAUCCUGCAAUUUCAGGGUCGAUCCCAAUCGUAUCUCCCUCCUCCACUAAGUUUGUCUUUUCACCUCCCAACCGAACGGUAAUGGGUCGUUCGGGACCGAUGGACGAGGUGGCCAAGGCGUUGUGCUCGUCCACUCACUUCACUUUCUCCUCACCGGCCACUUACUUGAUGACCAAAUUCCUAUCUUCCGAUUCGGGUGCCCUCUCUCCGACUGGCGAAAUGGAGGAAGGUGAUUCGUUUGAAACCUCCUACGGUUUCAACUCAGCUUCCAGGGUUGAGGAUGUCUCCUCUGCCUAUGUGACCCGGAAUGAGGUCUUAGAAGACUUGGAAGAGGUAGACGUUGAGGAUAGUGGCGAUGAGUCUGCGUCAGCAGGCAGUGACGAUGAGGGAGGCACCGGUGCUGAGGCCCCUGUGGUAACCGAUGAAGACGACACUUCAACUUACCUCGGAACGGAAGAGGAUGAGCAAUCGGAGGCCGGUCUGCAGGCACCGCGCCGAUCGAAGCGGACCGUGAAGAGGCCCGAAAGGUAUCAUUACUGA